AUGAAUCAAACAUCAGUAGUAGUUCAACAGAUAACAUUUCCUAUGAUUACAUCACAGCAAUCUAUAGCAGCGAUUGAUACUGACGCAAAUUAUUUGACAGCAUCAAUUUUAAUACCAUCAUCUAAAAGUAAAGGUUGCAACGCUUUUGUACAUAAGCUAGUAAAACAGACACAAAAUGGAAAUGAAACCAAUCUUGUACGUAAACGUGAAGUGCAUAAGAGAAUUGAAGCAGAUCGACGAGAACGAGAAAAGGCACUUUCUGAAGAAUUAGCAAAGUUAAUUCAUAAUUUAAUUGAUUCAAAAUCAAAAAACAUUCCGCUUCAUGAUUUACUUAAAAUUGCUGCUGAUCUAAUAUCUGACAUAAAUUUACGUCGCCAAAAUGAUCGAUUACGCCCAUCAAAUUUAACCAAUAAUGAAUAUCAUUUUUAA